GUCGCAGGGAUCGCCGGCUAGCGUAGCGGCACCUCCCCUGGCCCGCCUCCGAACGAGGCUGUGUGUUUUGAUUCAUCUAUAUAUUGGUCAAUCGAGAAUCCCUACUAUUAUUGGAGAACAGACAAGUCAAUCACUCAAGUACGGGACAGGAAAGAGACGAGGCUAGUAAGAUCCCCGCCCAUGAGAAGUGCUGAUUGGAGGAACAUUUGUUUUCUCUAAAGCUGGUUGGUGAUAGGAGUAUUUCCCCACCCAGGAAUGUUGUUACGCGACUUAUCAACUUUCACCCAGGAUGUUCACGUCCUAACUUCCCCUUAGCAACGGAGUGGCGUCUUCUGGUUCUCCUAGCAACUGAGCGAAGCGACUUCUGCGCGAACCAGCCGGGUAGCCUGCGCUUGAGAAGGUCAGACUCGGGAGCUGAAGCUCUGGGAGGACUGGCAGAGCCAACAGCGCCCGACUUAACUCUUUUCUCUGACUUUUUUCUCCGAGGUUCCUGGCCCGGCCCUUCUCAUCUGUAAAAUCCAGUUGAUCCCAGCUGGUUGUUUCCUAGGACAGUUCUGGACCUGUUUCUUCCUGAGGAGGCGACUCCAUUGAGGCGCAUUCUCUGCCUCCUACCUGUGGUCUUCACCAACAAAACUAUCAACAGGCAAGACAACAGGAGCCCAGGCUGGUGGGAAGAUGAACCGGCUGUGCAACUCCCUGGAGCCCAGAGUGAUGAACGACGACAUGCUGAAGCUGGCUGUCGGGGAGCAGGGCCCCCAGGAGGAGGCUGGGCAGCUGGCCAAGCAGGAGGGCAUCCUCUUUAAGGACGUCCUCUCCCUACAGCUGGACUUCCAGAACAUCCUCCGCAUUGACAACCUCUGGCAGUUUGAGAACUUGAGAAAACUGCAGCUGGACAAUAACAUCAUUGAGAGGAUCGAGGGCCUGGAGAACCUCACACACCUGGUCUGGCUAGACCUGUCCUUCAACAACAUCGAGGCCAUCGAGGGGCUGGACACACUGGUGAACCUGGAGGACCUGAGCUUGUUCAACAACCGCAUCUCCAAGAUUGACUCUCUGGACGCCCUGGUCAAGCUGCAGGUGCUGUCCCUGGGCAACAACCAGAUCGGCAACAUGAUGAAUAUCAUCUACCUGCGGCGGUUCAAGGACCUGCGGGCACUCAGCCUCUCCGGGAACCCCAUCGCCGAGGCAGAGGAUUACAAGAUGUUUGUCUGGGCCUACCUUCCUGACCUCGUGUACCUGGACUCUCGGCGGAUCGACGACCACAUGAAGGCGCAGGCAGAGGUGAAGCACCAGUUCAGCAUCGACGAGUUGAAGCACCGCGAGCACCUGAUUCAGGCGCAGCAGGCGGAGGAGCAGGCCCGGCAGGCGGAGCUGGAGGAGCACCAGGCUGCCUUCGUGGAGCUCCUGAAUGGCUCCUUCCUCUUCGACAGCAUGUAUGCUGAGGAUGUGGAGGGCAGCAAGCUGGCCGCCCUGCACGGCGUGGGCGAGCUCCUCGAGGCCUACAAGGACAAGUUUGUCAUCAUCUGCCUGAACAUCUUCGAGUAUGGACUGAAGCAGCAGGAGAAGCGGAGGGUGGAGCUCGACACCUUCAAUGCGUGUGUCCAGGAGGCCGUCCAGGAAAACCGGGAGCAGGGCAAGCUCAGGAUCGCCAAGUUCGAGGAGAAGCACCUGCUGAGUCUGAGCGCCAUCCGCGACGAGUCCGACCUGGCCAGCAUGGAGGCGAGGAUCGUGGCGUACAGCGAGGACAUCACUGAGCUGUCCAGCGUGCUCAUGACGCUGGAGAUGCAGUUGGUGGAGCAGCUGGAGGAGACGAUAAACAUGUUCGAGAGGAACAUCAUCGACCUGGUGGGGCUCUUUGUCGAAAAUGUCCAAAGCCUCAUGGCCCAGUGCCGGGACCUGGAGAACCACCACCACGAGAAGCUCCUGGAGAUCUCCAUCAACACCCUGGAGAAGGUGGUCAAGGGCGAGCUGGACGAGGACCUGCCUGACGACGUCCGGGCGCUUUUUGUGGACAAAGACACAAUUGUGAAUGCUGUUGGGACAUCACAUGACAUCCAUCUUCUCAAGAUUGACAACCGAGAAGAUGAGCUGGUGACCAGAGUCAACUCUUGGUGCACACACUUAGUGGACAAGAUUCACAAGGAUGAGAUCAUGAGGAACCGCAAGCGAGUGAAGGAGAUCAAUCAAUACAUCGACCACAUGCAGAAUGAACUGGACAACCUUGACAGUGGCGACAUUCUAGAUUAGGUGUCUGCCCAGAGGAUCCCUCGGAAAACACAGCACGUGGCCCUGCCAGGGGAGAGUGGGGACUCAGCCUACAGCCCCCAAUGCCCUCCUUCCGCCACC